UCUGAACAUCUCAUAGACAUAUAUGUUUUGGUGUAGAAUCUGCGACACACGGUUGCGCCGUCAAGCGAUUGUAGCGUGUGUGGGCUGCUAAAUAUUUUAUCGAUAACUCUCACGGUUGCAUAUCGUACGCAUUGGCAUUAUCGAUAUGCACAUGCCGGCUUUUUGUUUUGUUUACUUGUGAAAUUGUUGCGCCAUGUCGGAUUCAGAGGCAGAAGCAGCGAUUGAAAAAGAAGCAGAAGUGGAGGCAGAUGUGGCGGCAACUGAAACAGAUGCUGCGCCUGCAACAACUGCAUUGCCCGAGUCCUGUGACAAUUUGGCGGAUGAGGAUUUGGCCAAUCUGGUGACAGCCGAGGAAUAUCUGAUGCGCAAAGAUGUGCAGCUGCUUGAGUAUGAAAAACAAAUGUUUCUGGAUCUGGUGCACGCCGAUGGGCUGCUGGUGUCUGCCAAAGGUCUCAGCUACGAGCGCGUGCUACUAAAUAUAUUAAAGGUCUAUAGCGAUGCGGGCAAUCUGUUGCUGGUCAUAAACUGCGCCGACUGGGAGGAGCAGUACUACAAGUCCAAGCUGGAUGCCAAAUAUGUGCACGAGGUGGCCAACACAGCCACAGAGCGUGAACGCGUCUAUCUGGAGGGCGGUCUACAGUUUAUCUCGACGCGCAUUCUUGUGGUCGAUCUGCUCAAGCAGCGCAUACCCAUUGAGCUAAUAACGGGCAUCAUUGUGCUGCGCGCACACACCAUCAUUGAGAGCUGUCAGGAAGCGUUCGCAUUGCGUUUAUAUCGGCAGCGGAACAAGACGGGCUUCAUUAAGGCCUUUUCGUGCAGCCCGGAGGCAUUCACCAUUGGCUAUGCGCACAUUGAGCGCACUAUGCGCAAUCUAUUUGUGAAACAAUUGUAUAUUUGGCCCAGAUUUCAUGCCACCGUCCGUGCUGCACUGCAUCCAUGGCAGGCGCAAACUAUUGAGCUGCAUGUGCCCCUCAGCACACGCAUGUGCUCCAUACAAACGCACAUUUUGGAUAUUAUGAACUUUCUGGUGCGCGAAAUCAAACGCAUCAAUCGCACAGUCGACAUGGAGGCGGUCACCGUGGAGAAUUGUGUGACUAAAAAGUUUCACAAGAUACUCCAGGCGCAGCUGGACUGCAUUUGGCAUCAGCUCAACUCGCAAACGAAACUCAUUGUGGCCGAUCUCAAGAUUCUGCGCAGUCUUAUGAUAUCCACUAUGUAUCAUGAUGCAGUUAGCUCCUAUGCUUUGAUUAAACGCUAUCGCGGCACGGAGUACGCCAUCAGCAAUUCCGGCUGGACGCUGCUGGACGCAGCCGAACAGAUUUUCAUGCUCUCCAAGCAGCGAGUUUACAAUGCACAAAAUGAAUUCGAACCGGAGGCAUGUCCCAAAUGGCAGGCGCUAAGCGAGCUGCUCACCCAGGAUAUACCCGGCGAUAUGCAACGUCGUCGUGGUGCCGAUCGCAUGGAGCCGCCCAAGGUGUUGAUACUGUGCCAAGAUGCGCGCACCUGCUAUCAGCUGAAGCAGUAUUUGACGCAGGGCAGCGCACGCUUCCUGCUGCAGCAGGCCAUGCGACACGAGGUGCUCGUCGGCAAGCUCAGCGAUAAGUUUGGCCAGGAGAGUCAAACAACGGCCAUGGCAGAGGCGGCAGCCAAGGCAGAUACCAAGCCGAAGCCGGCGCCAAUUGUGCCUACUGCUGCUCAGCCAGCGGCAGCGGAUACAGCUGUGGAUGAACUUGCCCAGCUACUGAACGAGGCGGAAGAUGCAGAGGCACAACUGCAGCAGCAGCUGUUCGAGGAGAGCUACAUGCUCACCAUGACGCAGCCCAUGCAGGCCAGCGAUGCCGAUCCGAAUGCUUCCAUCUUUGAGAUUAUACCCGAAUUGGAGCAAUUCGAUGUGUCCGCUGCGCUGGCUGCCAACAUGCAGCCUUGGAUUUGCCUGCAAACGUUCAAGACGGAACGCGAGGGUGCAAUGGCCGUGGAGCAUAUGCUCGAUCAGCUUCAGCCCCACUAUGUCAUCAUGUACAACACGAAUGUGACUGCCAUACGCCAGCUGGAGGUGUUUGAGGCGCGUCGCCGUCGCCCGCCCGUCGAACGCAUGAAAAUCUAUUUUCUAAUCCAUGCGCGCACCGUCGAGGAGCAAUCCUAUCUGACGAGUCUGCGGCGUGAGAAGACCGCCUUUGAGCUCAUCAUCGAUACAAAGAGCAAAAUGGUCAUACCCGAGUACCAGGAUGGCAAAACGGAUGAAGCAUUUGUGCUCUACAAACGCUACGACGAUGAGGAGGAGUCUGCAAAUGCCAAAACACGACAGGGUGCCGCAAUGGGCGUGGCAUUGAGUAGCGCCCGAGUAACACCGAAAGUGAUUGUGGACAUGCGUGAAUUUCGGUCGGAUUUGCCGUGCCUAAUCCAUCGUCGCGGCUUGGAGGUGCUGCCCGUAACAAUUACCAUUGGGGAUUACAUUCUGACGCCGGAUGUGUGUGUGGAGCGCAAAUCCAUAUCGGAUCUAAUUGGAUCCCUGAACUCGGGCCGCCUCUACAAUCAGUGUGUCCAAAUGCAGCGUUACUAUGCGAAGCCCAUACUGCUUAUUGAGUUCGAUCAGAAUCGUCCGUUCCACUUGCAGGGCAAGUUUAUGCUCUCCCAGCAGACGACGGCAACCAAUGCGGACAUUAUGCAGAAGCUGCAGUUGCUCACACUUCAUUUUCCCAGGCUGCGUUUGAUCUGGUCGCCCAGUCCGUAUGCCACGGCCCAGCUGUUCGAGGAGCUUAAACUGGGCAAACCGGAGCCGGAUGCCCAGGUGGCCGCCGCCUUGGGCAGCGAUGAGUCUGGCGGGGCGGCAGCAGCCGGCGAUCAGUUGCAGUAUAACAGUGCCAUAUAUGAUUUUCUGUUGCGUCUGCCCGGCAUCCAUACGCGCAAUGUGCACGCUGUGCUCCGCAAGGGCGGCAGCCUGCGUCAGCUGCUGCAGCGCAGCCAAACGGAGCUGGCCGAGCUACUGCAGUCACAGGAGUGCGGCAAACUGCUCUGGGAUAUACUGCAUGUGGCUCAUUUGCCAGAAAAGGAUGAGGUUGCCGGCUCCUCGGCCCUGCUGGCGGCUAGCAAACAAUUUGGUAGCGGUGCACACAAUCGUUUCCGCAAGGCUGCCGGUGAGGCUAGGCGCGGCAGGCGCUGAACGGGCGGAUGA